UGUAUGUAAACAAUACAGAUCUCUCCCUUGUCAACUCCUGCACGCUGAUUUUGCAUAGCAGUGCUUUGUAUGGUUCUGCAUAGCAGUGUGCUUGCAGUGUAAAGCACACACAGCCCACAUUGUAAAACAGCACACAGUUAACCCUUUGAUUGCCCCAUAUGUUAACCUUUUCCUGCCCAGUGCCAUUAGUGCAGUCAGUGCAUUUUAUUAGCACUGAUCACUGUAUUGGUGUCACUGGGGAUAUCAAUGACACCACGUCAGUUCCCCCCCAGUGUCAGAAUGCCUGCCGCAGUCCUGCUAUA